CCUUAGCUUAUAGAUGUAUGGCUUCAUCAUCAUCAUCUUCAAAGAGGCACCCGCUGUACCACGGAAUCAGGUGUCGAGGAGGCAAAUGGGUCUCCGAAAUCCGGCAGCCACGUAAGGCUUCAAGAAUAUGGCUGGGGACGUUCCCCACGGCUGAGAUGGCGGCUGCCGCCUACGACGUUGCCGCAUUAGCACUCAAAGGCGACAGCGCCGUUCUCAACCUUCCUGAGUCAGCUGGAAAGUACCAAAUUCCUGUAACUAACUCCCCUGAUGACAUCCGCAGGGCUGCCACUGCUGCUGCCGCUUUGAUGAAGAAGAACCCUCAAGAACCCAUCACCACUCCUCACAUUAUUACUGUUAAUAAUAAUGAUAAUAACACUCUUGUUGAUGGUAUUAACAACAACCAUAUUAUUAAUUCGUCAUCAUGGUAUGAGGAUAAUGAUUUCAUGGACGAGGAAGCUAUAUUCCGCAUGCCAAGUUUGCUGGUGGAUAUGGCUGAGGGGAUGCUUCUGUCGCCGCCGAGAAUAAUACUGAGCCCAUCUCCGCCAUCGUACAACUCCGGUGACGGCGGUGACACUUUGUGGAGUUACUUUUGACUUAAUUGAGCAUGGGAAAUUAUUUAACAGGUAGGGAAUAAAAGAGUGUUCUCCAUACUUGCUAGACCUUGGUUAUGUUAAUUAAGAAAUAAAGAGAAAAUAUGUUCCUAGCUAGUUUAUGUAGGUAUAUCGAUCGAGAAUGCUACAAUUCAAUCGUUAUCAUUUUCUUUGUUUAAUUUCAUAUAAUUAUAUGCAUGUAUAUGCUAUCUUCAAGCUAAUAAUUGACCACCGGCAAGGGUGGAAAUU